AUGCAGUCUGAACAGACGAUUAUUUCAGUGGAGUUAAAACAUGUCUCCCUCUCUUCCGCUCUUCUAGUGAUCAGGGCCAAGGUGGUUGGAAAGAAAGUGGUUGAGGCUGGUAAUGACGUCUAUGGCAACACCAUCAAGAGGAUCAAGUACGACAUCAAACAGAUCAAGAUGUUCAAAGGUCCUGACCGGGAUAUCGACGCCAUCUUCACUGCACCCUCCUCAGCCGUCUGUGGCGUUACUCUGGAAACCAACGGCAACAAGGAGUAUCUCUUCACAGGUGCGGUUCUCACUAUGCAAGCUGAGACGGAUGGAACCAUGCAUGUAACACUGUGUGACUUUAUUGAGUCUUGGGAGGCCAUGAGUGCCACACAAAAGAAGAGUUUGACUCAACGCUAUGAGAGUGGCUGCAAGUGCAAGAUCAUCCGCUGCACUUCCAUCCCCUGUACGAUCAGCGCCCCAGAGGAGUGUCUGUGGACAGACUGGGUGAUGGAAAAGAGCCACAGCGGUCCCCAGGCCCAACACUUUGCCUGUAUCAAUAGGAGCGAUGGGUCCUGUGCCUGGUACAGGGGGAUAGCACCACCCAAGAAGGAGUUCCUGGAUAUUGAAGACCCCUAAACUCUUCAGGCCAUCCACUCACUGUUCAGAGUGACUAAAGAUGUCUGCAAUUAAUACAUGGAAAAAACAAAAGUACACAAAGCUACAAAUCCAAAUAAUUAUGAUUAAAUGAAUCAGUGAAGUAGUUAAUAACAAUGAAUUCCAAGACCCAUAUUGACUUGUCCAGUUGUGAUGUCACAUAGAGAGGUCAGGUGACAGGUUGCAGGAAAUAGUCUGUAUGCAAGAGAGCAGCAAUCUGGAGAAAACAGCACUUUCUG